AUGGAUGCGUUGUGGGUUGCGUGUGCGUCUAGAGCGGCUAGAGAUAGCCGCGGGUCAGCGACCGAGGCGAGGCCGACGCCCGCUGACUUACUGAGCGGGCCUAGGUGUCGUUGUUCAUGGAACAGCGAGGGCGAGCGCGGUCGUCUCAAGAUCAAGGUCGCUCGGCAGACGCGCGGCAAGGUCACAUGUACACCCCCCCCCCCGCGCCUCAUCCCCACCCCGCCCCCCUCCCGUCUCCGUGCACAAAUAUUUGCGAGCGUCUGUCCUCCGCGACCGAUACGCCGAGAAAGAGCGUCUGAGUUUGCUCGUUCGAUUAUAGGAAGAUCAGCGGCCGUGACCAUUAUAUCGAACGACGCUUGGCUGCAGCAGCCUGGUUUACUGUCUUACUUACUAAGAAACGGACAAUACGACACCUGUGAUGAAUUACAAUGCGGUUAUACAAACAAGAAGUUUAUUGUUUAUAGAAUGGUCUGUCUCUGUCGGCUUGUAACUCAACCACUUGCCCUUGCUAUUCGUCCACAGUAUGUAAUGGGUCAUAACAAUCUAGUUAUGAAUCAGCCAGGAACUGAUUGCUGGAUCCUCUCAAUGCUGAUGAUUCAGUCCAGCAGAUGUUUAUUGCACAGCAGAUGGAGUGUUGAUGCUCAGAUGGUUAGAGGAGAUGCGAGCGAGUGUGGGAGGGACAUGACUACCGAAUAUUUUUUGCACGGCAAGGUCGAGGUCAUAUCGCUUGAUUUCCUAGAUCAGGCCGACCUCGCAACCGUCUACUAUCCAGACGUCAGAACCACUGUGGUUCUUUGCUAUUAUAAGUAA